AACCAAUUAGAUCCACUUUUAGAUCUAUAUUUUACAUCCACCAAUCAUCUUGUUUCUUGUAUUAAUUUACAUCUAAUGGUUGUGUGUGCAUGCUGAUGAAUGUUCUCUCUAUAUAUAUUAAUAAUAAUAAAGGCAUGAGAGACCAAGGGGCACAAAGACAGCCUUUUCUACACACAAUAAUUGAUCAAGCAUAAUUCUCAGUACUCUCUCCUCCUAAGUCUUAACCAAAGUCCAAUAAAGAUAUGGAUUUUGGUUACCAAAGGAGAUGCCUUUUGUUGACUGUUGUCAUCUUUCUCCUUCAAGUGCAACUGUUUCUGGCUGUAACUUUGGCCAAAACACAAGUACCUUUGUCAUCAUCAUCAUCUUAUAAUACAAGUAGCAGGAGCAGGAGGAGCAGUUCAUUAAGGGGAAGAGAAUUAUUAGGCUGUGAUUUGUUUAAGGGAAAAUGGGUAGUUGACAAUUCAUACCCAAUCUAUGCAGCCUCUAGCUGCCCCUACAUCGAUUCCGAAUUCGAUUGUCUUAAACAUGGCCGCUCAGACACUCAGUAUCUCAAGUAUUCUUGGCAACCUGAUUCUUGUAACUUACCCAGGUUUAACGGGUUGGAUUUGUUGAGCAAAUGGAAAGGGAAGAAGGUGAUGUUUGUUGGUGACUCACUGAGUGAGAAUAUGUAUCAAUCCUUAGCUUGUAUGCUUCAUGCAUCUGCCCCCAAGGCCCCUACUUUUCAGCACAAGGACUCUCUUACUACCCUUACAUUUCAGGACUAUGGAGUAACAAUAUAUUUAUAUCGCUCCACAUACUUGGUGGAUAUAGUAAAAGAAAGCAUUGGCCGGGUACUGAAAUUGGAUUCCAUUCAAGGUGGCGAUGCAUGGAAAGGGAUGGACGUGCUGAUUUUCAAUUCGUGGCAUUGGUGGACACACACUGGACGAUUACAACCAUGGGAUUAUAUGCAAUAUGGUUCAACCAUAUCAAAAGAUAUGGACCGUCUGGAGGCGUACUUCAAGGGCAUGACAACAUGGGGAAAAUGGGUCGAUCUCAAUGUCGAUCCGUCUAAGACUAAAGUAUACUUCCAAGGGAUCUCCCCUUCACAUUACAGGGGAAAGGAAUGGGGAUCAUCAUCCAAGAAUUGCUACGGAGAACUACAACCAAUACAAGGAUCGACAUAUCCAGGAGGAUUACCUGAAGCGCAAGGUGUUUUGAAGAAGGUUUUGGGGGCGGUACAAAAACCAGUUUACUUGCUUGAUAUCACGACGCUGUCACAAUUGAGGAAAGAUGCACACCCUUCAACUUAUGGUGAUGGUUCAGGCGUAGAUUGUAGUCACUGGUGUGUUCCUGGGCUACCCGAUACUUGGAAUCAACUCCUAUAUGCAAGCUUUAUUUAAUUGACAGAUCGAUUUAAUUUGUCUCAUUACAUAUUUGUUUUACAGAAACUAUAUGCAUCUUAGUUUUAAUGAAGUGUGAAAAUUUGUUCAUUUCAAAGUUCAUUGAUUAGUAUUGGUAAAA